AUGGCCCCAGGCCUGCUAGAGGAGGAUUUGGACCCGGCGUUGGACCCCCGACAAGUCAUCCGCAUCAACUACGAAAAAUGCACCGUCGAACUACGCAGCCGCCGGCUCGUCCAAUAUGUCAACGAGACGCUCGGAGAGACAACGGGAUACGUCUACGGUCAACUCCUUGCUGAGAACGAAAACAAAAGUGGGCAUCAUGGACGACAUCAUCCCGGACAACCUCCCGGACAACCUCCCUCCACCCGCCUUACCGGUACCUGUUACGAAUAUGACGGAUGCAUGACCUUCGACUCGGUCCCCUGGGUCGUCACCAUGAAGAAGAACGAGCACUACUUCCCCACCACCGAGCUGAUCAAGGAUCCCUCCGAGCCGCUGACGGGAUGGAGGAGAAUCACGUACGAGGGAGGCAAGAAGAUUGAGGGCGAAGGACACGAGGGGAGUGAGGCCGAGUAUAAGCUCGCGCUCUCUUUCUGGAUCGCACUGCGCAUGCGAACAUGGGGAGCCAUCGCCGAACGUAGUGACGAUGCCCGCAAGGGACAGCCAAGAAGCGCCAGCCUCAACACCACCAUCACCCCUAUUGCCGAGCGGCAGGAACUUUUUACUUCAGUUCCCUCCGCUCCCAGCGCCCGCCAUGCAUGCUGGCGGUGCUGUUCCCUCUGA